AUGGCUGCCCCGGAGGUCCACCACCUUUUCCACAAUCCCAUUGCGGAUCAUUCCUUCUCCAGUGACAAGAACACUCUCGCGGUCGCGCGGGAGAACGCCGUCGAGCUCUACCAGAGAACAGGCAACAAGUUUUCCCUGAAAGAUGAACUGAAGGGCCACGACAAGACUGUCACUGGUGUCGAUAUUGCCCCCAAUAGUGGGCGCAUUGUCACCUGUUCUCAAGAUCGCAAUGCUUAUGUCUGGGAACGAACCCCCACGGGAUGGAAGCCUACUCUGGUCCUUCUUCGAAUCAACCGUGCGGCCACCUGCGUCCGCUGGUCUCCAUCCGAGCAGAAAUUUGCCGUCGGUUCAGGAGCCCGCGUGAUUGCUGUCUGUUACUUCGAGGAAGAGAACGAUUGGUGGAUCUCGAAGCACUUGAAGAAGCCCAUUCGCAGCACGAUCACGAGCCUUGCAUGGCAUCCGAACUCGGUCUUGCUCGCAGCCGGCUCGACGGACUCACAUGCCAGAGUGUUCUCCAGCUACAUCAAAGGUGUGGAUGAGCGUCCUGAGCCGACCGCAUGGGGUGAACGCCUUCCAUUCAACACCGUCUGUGGCGAGUUUCUGAACGAUACUGCCGGGUGGGUGCAUGGGGUCUCUUUCUCUCCGAGUGGAAAUGUCCUCGCGUUUGUCUCUCACGACAGCAGCGUCACCGUUGUCUAUCCCAGCGCGCCGGAACAGCCGCCUCGGGCUAUGUUAAAUAUCAGCACCCGGCUCUUGCCUUUCACCAGCUUGAUCUGGAAUGGAGAGAACGAGAUUAUUGCCGCUGGACAUGAUUGUGAAGCUUAUCGGCUGCGCGGGGACGAGAACGGGUGGCAGCUCGUAGGCUCCAUGGAACAUAAGAAGGGACCUGGAGCUAUUAGCGCUCGCGAAGAAUCUGCCCUGAACAUGUUCCGCCAGAUGGAUCUCAGGGGACAGACUCAGGAUGAUACCCAGCUCAACACCGUCCAUCAAAACACUAUCAGUAUCAUCCGGGUAUAUGAGGAGAGUGGUGGAGUGGUCAGGAAAUAUUCCAGUAAGGAUUCCACCGCGGCAUGA